CAUGUAGUUUCAAGUCAUGUUUAUUCAUUUCUCAACUGAACCUUGGUCAUUUUAUUAAGCAUUAUUAUUAUAUAUAGCUAGUGUUAACAAGUUUGUUGAAGGAAAAGUGGUGGAUGUGGAUCCUGCUAAUAGCAGCAAAAGCAAAGAGGAGUAGAUGAAGAUAAUUUUCCACAAGUUUGACAAGAACAAAGAUGAAGAUCUAGGGACUGCUGAUCUAGUUGGAUGGAUCAUUGCCGUUGAACCCACAUUAAAUAACGAUUUGCAAAGGGUUCUAUCUUUCCUUAAAAUAUACAUGGAUACUUACCCCUCUGUCCUAAUUGAUUCAAAAGGAUUGUUCUAUAGUGGCUUCAGUCUCAUUUAUACCGAUGGUCUUCGUAACCUUAAUCAUGAUUCAAAUACUAUUACUACCCCAUCACUCGAAACUCAGACCCCAAUUCAGCACCAGGUGGUAUCAUUACAAGCACUCCCAGUUGUAGGACUUCAAGUACAACAACAACAGUGUAUGCUUCAAUCAUACCAUGUACAACAAAUACUACUACAAUUACGAGCACAAAAACAAGUUGCAAGUCUGGUGGCAACUAAUUACUCACAUAAUUCUACUUUUUCAAACAACAACCUCAUCGACAACAUUUACAGUGCUGGGAUGAAUGAUGAAGAAGGCAUUGAUUCAACAAUAAUGUACGAUGGACCUCAUCCUGAAUUAGUUGAUAGGCUUGAAAAGGAAAUAUUGGACACAAAUUCAGGGGUUAAAUGGGAUGAUAUUGCUAGACUAAGUGAAGCAAAGAGGAUUCUACAGGAAGCAACGGUAUUGCCAUCGUUGAUGCCUGCGUAUUUCCAGGGCAUCCGGAGACCUUCGAGAGGAUUUCUUUUGCUUGGUCCUAAAACACUCUUGCCCAAAGUUAUUGCUACAGAGUGUGGGACAACAUUUCUGAAUAUUUCUUGUAGUUCAUUAUGUGGAGAAUGUUACGGGGAGAGAGAGCGAUUGACACAAUGCUUAUUUGAGAUUGCCCGUAGUUAUGCUCCAACUACAAUUUUCAUUGACGAGAUUGAUUCUCUUUGCAGUGCCAGAGGGUCUGGUACAGAGCAUGAAAAAUCCCGAAGGGUAAAGUCCAAACUUCUAGUUCAGAUCGAUGGAUUACACAACUCUAAUUCACUAUGCUACUGUAAGAGGCGGCUAGAAAAGAGGAUUUACUUCCCACUUCCUGAAUUUAAGAGUUGUAAGGAGCUUAUAAAGAUAAACUUGAAAUCAAUCAAGUUAGCACCUAGGCUAGAUAUUCUCCAAGUGGCACAAAGAACAGAAGGCUACAGUGGAGACGAUCUAACAAACAUCUAUAGAGAUGCUUCUUUUAAUGGGAUGAGACAGGAGAUAUCAGGGAAAACUACGAUGGAUGACUUGUUGGAAGCUUUAGAUAAAAUACAGCCCACAUUUUCUACAGAAGACAUUCAACGAUAUGAAAAAUGGUUCUCAGAUUUAUGAUCAUCAUAGAAAGAUCAAGUAAAUGCAAGUUCAAUACUGCUUCUUUUUUUAACGUGGAGGUCACGUUGUGAAGACCAAAUUGACCAUUGUUGACAAAUGCUCAAUGUUAUAGUGUCCUCCAAUU